AUGAGGUUUCUAUUGUGCAUUUUAUUUUCUGCAUUUCUAAUAACUGCACUGAAAUCUGCAAUCGCCAAAGAUGUCUACGAUCCAACUACAUGCGGUCUACCUGGACCUGGCUUCAAGGGUAAUGAAUUGAAAGCAGAAGAAAGAAAAAACGUUGGAAAUGAUGUAAAGAGGAUUGUGAAGAGAGACAUUGAUAAAGACUAUUCGGUGGACUAUAAUCCUACUGCUGGUGAUGAGACCGAAGAGGACGAGAACGAUCCGAUGCGAACAAAGAUAAUGGGAGGUGAGAGAGCUGCGAAGGAUGAACUGCCGUGGGCUGCUCUUCUUGUGCUUCUUGCGGAGAAAAGAAUAUGUGGUGGGACGCUUAUAUCAAGACGGCACAUAAUCACAGCUGCUCAUUGUUUCUGGAAGUCUGGUUCUCCGGAAGACUCUUGUAGCGUUGAGAAUAUGCUUCCUGAGGGAGACAUUCCGACUGGGGCCUUGGUUAGGAUCGGUGGUACUUGUCUGUUACCUGACAAAAAACACAACUGUACUGAAGAAGAUCUCGGUUACCUGUUCGGCAUUAAGAGAGCAUCUUAUAGAAGUUUUUUCGAAUAUCGAUGUAGCGGUACACGUGACAUCGCUAUUCUUGAGCUAACUGCUGACGUUCCUGAACAUAUCCAUCAUAUUUGUCUUCCUCACAUGAACAAGAAGAUCGAUAUAAGUGAUUCAUCGUUAAGAAUGAGCUCAUUUGGAUGGGGCGGUGACCCAAUAAAAAAUCUCAGUUCGGUACCAUUCCUCCAGAAAGUUAUGAUCGGUGUGAAAAUGACUGAAAAGGAAUGCAAAAGUUCCUUCCCCGAAAAGUUGGACGACACUUUCUGCACCUUUGAACGUCCCGACCGAAACGUUUGCCAUGGCGAUAGUGGUGGAGGAAUUACAGCAAGAAUAGAUGGCAGAACAUAUCUUGCUGGAGUAGUGUCUUUUGGAUCAUCAUGCGAUGAUUUGCAAAGCGGCCGUGCAAAACCAGAAGCUCAGGUCAACACGGACGUUACUAAGUAUGCUGCUCUAAUCGAUAGUUGGCUUGGAACGAAAAAAUCCAAGUGA